AUGGACAGCGCGAAGGAAGACGAAGACUCGGCCUUCCGGUCUGUCAUGUCGAUGGACAAGUUAGCGUUUAGCCGAAACGAUCGGAACAAAGAGAACCUCUCGCAAAACAGUGUAACGGUUACUUCUAUCUCGUCAAGUAGAUCGCGGCCGAUCGACGCCGAGAGAAUUAACGCAGGCUUCGUUGUCAACUUCAAAAGAAAUACUCUAUCAAGUACACCUGCGAAAGCAACGGGCUCUGGCGGCUACUUGAACGUCUCUCAACCGGAUCUCAUUCGAGACACUCUUUUCGCUAUGGAAAACAUCCCCGGCACCUUCAUAUGCUACGACGAUAACGUCAAUUCACUUUACAGAUACCGACUCAAGGAGAAAUGA